UUUGAGUGGAGUUCAGGACCACUAGACACCCGUAGUUCUUGAAAACUUUGGGCAUAACAACCACAAGUAUCCCUGCUGGAUCAUCUUUGAUUUUAGACGCUUGCAUAACUGUGUUGAUUGUAUAAUGGCAGUUUGUACGGAUCGUUCAACGCAAAUUAUAAGCACAUCUCACCCUGGUCGGACCAUGGAAAUGGUAAAUGCUGCUCAACGGGCAAUGAACGCCAAAGUCACAUCUACAUCAAGUCGUAUACUGGACAUCCCAUGCAAGGUGUGUGGUGACCGUAGUUCGGGCAAGCACUACGGCGUGUAUGCCUGUGACGGCUGCAGUGGGUUCUUCAAGCGAAGUAUUCGGCGCAAUCGUACCUAUGCAUGUAAGAACCGUAGCGGUGGACCAUGCCCCAUCGACAAGACCCAUCGGAACCAGUGCAGGGCGUGUCGACUCAAAAAAUGUAUCCAAGUGGAUAUGAAUAAAGAUGCCGUUCAACAUGAGAGAGGGCCCCGAAACUCAACUAUAAGGAAACAAAUGGCAUUAUAUCUGAAGGAGUCAGCAGCAGCCGUCAACGAUGUCUCAGGGCCGUUGGUAACUGCUUAUUCUCCCCAUGCACAGACCGUGAUUAGUCCGCUAGGUGGGGUAGAGGCUUACGGAACACUCCUUGUCAGCACUCCAGAGUAUGCCCUGCCAGCCGGGCCGUUCCCGUGUUACCCAACACCAAAGCACUAUCCCCGAGACUACAUCCGACCAAUUCAUACGAGUGUGGAGACGGUAUGUGAGACGGCAGCCAGACUCUUAUUUAUGAGCGUCAAGUGGGCCAAGAAUGUACCUGCAUUUGUAUCACUACCUCUCAGAGAUCAGUUGCUGUUAUUAGAGGAAGGAUGGAGGGAACUCUUCAUACUUGGUGCAGCACAGUGGCAUAUGACAAUGGACGCUACGGCUCUCAUGAAUGCAACAGGAAUGCAACCAGAAAACACACCGGCAGAAAAGUUUGCAGCAAUCUCCAGCGAGCUAAGAGUUCUUGAAGAAAUCAUUGUAAAGCUGAGACAGUUAGAGGUAGACGCUACUGAAUAUGCAUGCCUGAAGGGAAUUGUCGUCUUCAAGACAGACGUCUCCGGUGUCCAUGAGACCUCCUCUGUUGCUAGUCUCCAAGACCAGUCGCAACUGACCCUCAGCAAAUACAUUACACUCCGACAUCCGACACAACCUUUCCGCUUUGGGAAGCUUUUGCUGCUGCUACCUACACUAAGAGCCGUCAGACCCAGCACUCUCGAGACCUUAUUCUUCCGCCAGACCAUUGGUUCAAUGCCUAUGAGUAGACUGUUGUGCGACUUGUAUAAAGCCCACGAAUUCUGAACACAUUCGUCGAGGUGUGUAUCAUUUAAAGCCAAACUUAAGUGCCUUAAACAUUUACGAUUCCAAAGAUUAUGUUAAAUAUGGGUUGCUUUGAUAAUAAUUAAAUUGUAAAACGGACGGGUUUUUACAUUCAAAACAAUAUUUAUUAAGGAAUAGAUUUGAAAACGUGUAUUUUUUAGUCAACCUUGUUGCUAGCAUGUUAAGUCCAUCACUUUGAAUUUGAACUUACUCCCACUGAACAUAAAAGCAUUAAUUUAUGCACUUAUUUUUAACACUCCUUUAUAUCACAACGAAACAGUGUUGGCUAACAGUCAGACUGUUACGGGCCCUUUUCGAAACCAUGACUUCGGCUUCCUCCGGCUCAGGCUAGCUUGGCCCCGCGGUUGUUUUGACAAUAUUGCGAGUGAUUUGCGUACGCGCCCAGCCAGGGGCUUCAAACGAGAGGACGGAGUCUGAAGCCGAAUCCAAAGCCAAAGCCGUUGUUUCGAAAGGGCCUACUAAGACACAUUGUUGAAAUUAAUUUAGUAGUAAAUAACAGAACACUUAAAAAUGCAGGUUAGAAUAUCUAAGAUGUAGACAAGUCUUCUUGCCAUUAGUGUAAGCUGGAAUCUCGGUUGAUUUGAAACGCGGUUGCCCUUUACCAUCAAAUAAUGUUUAUCUUUCUCAGUGAAGUUUUCAACAAUUAAUGAAAUUGGACAGCACAGAUUACAAACAAGUGUUUGUAUUAUUACGGACUUGAGGGUUCUGGUUCACAGUUAAGGGCACUAAACACAUUCAGUAAUUGUCAAAGCUAGGCCAGUAUGCACACUUGGUGUAUCCAAACAUAUGCAUAAAAUCACAAAUUUUUG